AUGAUCGCUGGCACUGCAUCCCAUACAACUACCACCAAAGCAGGAAGCAGCAAGAACACCUCCUCCCGCUUUUCCUCCUCCUCCUCCUCCACCUCCUCCUCCUCCCAGGCCACCGCAACCCAGGCCUGCGCCGCCUGCAAAUACCAACGCCGCAAGUGCAACCCCGACUGCACCCUCGCCCCUUACUUCCCGGCAAACCAGCAGCACAAGUUCCUCAACGCCCACCGCCUGUUCGGCGUUAGCAAUAUCCUCAAAAUCAUCCGCAACCUCGAUCCCUACCAGCAUGCCGAAGCCAUGAAAACCAUCAUAUACCAGUCCGAUAUGCGUGCUCUCGAUCCCGUCGGCGGUUGCUACCGCAUCAUCCGCGACCUCGAGUACCAGAUCGAGCGCGACUCCAAUGAGCUCGCCCUCGUGCUGAGGCAACUCGCCGUCUGCCGUGCGCAGGCUGCCCAGGCCUCUGUCGCGUCCGACCUGGAGGUCCACCCUAAUCUUCUGCUUAACACGGCCACGUCCGAGGAUGUGGAUAACGUGAUUUAUGGUGGUAAUAUUUUCCCUACGAUCAACCAGCAGGAUCAACAGCAAUACUAUAAUUACUUGUGCUACGACGAUGACAUCACCAGAGAUCAUCAAAACAACCACCCAAAUACAAGCAUCAUAAUCAAUAAUAAUAGUAAUAACGAUAACAAUGAUCUAUCGAGUCUACAACACCAGCCGCACUUCAACUGCAUGGUGGAGGACGAGGACGUAAAGCCUUUGGUAGACAUGUUCGAUGUCAGACAGACGUCGAUGGGAGGGGACGAGGAUAACGCCGAUGAGGCCGGUCAUCCACGUUGCAGCAGCACCCAAGUGCCGGAGCUAAAGGAUGAGACGAGUCCGGUGGAGCAUGCGCAGGAGGAACACGAUCUGAAGGGUGCUGCCUCGUUGUUCACCCUAACCAACUGUAGUUAGUUCCUCAUCUCUAUAUAUGAUAUG